AUGUAUGUCAUCAUAUUAGGCGCACUCACACUAUUCGCGCUGGCGUACUACCUGGUAGUACCGGUGAUCACAUACUGGUAUGAUCCCAAGAAACUAAGAAAGUUCCCAAAUGCCUACUUCCUCUCCGGGGUAUCUGAUCUCCCCUUUCUCUACGAAGCCCAAAAAGGAUUUCGCUCUCGGGGACUCUUCGAAGCUCAUAAAAGGCAUCCCGUGCUACGAAUCGGACCCAAUGCACUGUCUUACUCCGACCCACAAGCCAUCAAAAAUAUCUAUGGUCAUGGUACUGGUUGUAUCAAGGACCGAUUUUACUCUGAGACCUCAGGUUCUCACUCGCAUCUUGCCGAUGUCGUCGACAAGCAAGAUCAUGCCCGAAAGAGGAAGAUCUUGUCCAGCGCCUAUGCGCUCAAGAAUCUCGAGCAUUGGGAGUUUAAAGUGGCAGAGGUGACCGGCAAACUUAUCAAAGCAUUUGAUCACCGGUGUACCGAUCCCCUGCCUCCAAAUCAACUCCCUCAAAAAGAACACCUCACUGUCGACUACCGGAACUGGACUGUCCUGUUCACUGCCGCAGCGAUUACGAGCAUUGGGUUGAGCGAGGACCUUGGAUUUUUGGAUGAGGGAUCCGACAAUGUGAAGUCCGAGAAGAAAGAUGGGACGAUUAAAGAGGUCUCGUUCCGAGAAUGUCAUGCUGCUGCAAGUCGGGUGUCAUAUCAGCUAGUCUGGGCCUAUGACUGGUUCAAGACAUUCUCACGAGUGAGUAAAAUAGUCUCAUCAAAGUAUGAUCAAAUGUGGAGAAUGGAUGGAGAUUGGAACGGCAUCAUCUACAACCGUGCGACCACCCGUCUGAAACGAUACCUGGCAGGCGAGGUGCUAGAUGACUUCUUUGGUGCUAUGAUGCAAGACAAAAAUGGGUCACCUCAUAAUAUGGAAUGGGGCGAGAUUGUCGCCGAGGUCAGUAUCAUGAUGAAUGCUGGCCAUGACACGACAGCAAUUUCACUCCGCAAUACUUUGUUUUUCCUCCUGAAGAACUCAGAAUGCAUGAAGAAGCUUCGGGAAGAACUCGACGAUGGCAUAGAAGAGGAUGAAGUCGUCGUGCCAUAUGCUAAGGUCAAAAACUUGCCAUAUCUUCGAGCAUGUAUAGAUGAGAGCUUGCGCAUGCUCCCGCCUGUGAUCUUCGGACUUCCUCGCCGGACACCUGUACAAGGAGCUCCAAUUCUCGAUGAUUAUAUUGCCGGUGACACUUCUGUCAGCAUUUCAGCCUAUGUUGUUCAUCACCAAGAGUCUGUCUUCUAUGACCAUGACACCUAUAAGCCUGAACGCUGGCUGGGAGAUAAAGGCAAGGCAUUGCAGCCGUACUUUGUUCCAUUCAGUACUGGAGCGAGGGGGUGUAUCGGUCGCAAUAUCAGUUAUCUUGAGCAGACUGUUCUACUUGCUUCUUUGGUUCAUCGCUUUGAGUUUGCUUUGCCAUCACCCAAUUGGAAUCCUCCCAUUCGAGAAACUACCAAUCUGAGUCCUGGUCCUAUGCCCUUGAAAAUAUGGAGGAGGAAGAUGGCUUAG